AUGGAGAAAUACAAGCCGGUGAUGGCGUUAGUGAUGCUGCAGUUUACAUCGGCAGGAGUUGCACUCUUCACCAAAGCUGCUUUCAUGGAAGGACUCAAUCCCACCGUUUUCGUUGUUUACCGUCAAGCCGUCGCUACUCUCUUCAUCUGCCCCAUCUCUUUCUUCUCCGCUUGGAGAAAAGCAAGUAAACCUUCUCUUGGAGUGAGAGGCUUUUGGUGGGUGGCCUUCACGGCUGUUAUUGGUGUGUCUGUGAAUCAGAACGCGUAUUUUGCAGGGAUUGACUUUUCUUCUUCUUCCAUGGCUUGUGCCAUGACCAAUCUUAUUCCUGCCGUCACCUUCAUCAUCUCCAUCAUUGUUGGAUUCGAGACGAUAAGGAGGAGAAGUGUGAAAAGUCUAGCAAAGGUGAUAGGAACAGGUGUGUGUGUGGGAGGAGCCAUGGCAAUGACUUUUCUCAGAGGCCCUAAACUGCUCAACGCCCUGCUGCACCAAGACAACACCACUUGGUUACUCGGUUGCUUCUUUCUUCUCGUUAGCACGUUCGCUUGGUCCCUCUGGUUGAUCCUUCAGGUUCCCAUUGCCGCUCACUGUCCUGAUCACUUGUACACUUCCUCCUGCACUUGUUUCAUGGCUACCAUAGCCUCUUUCAUCAUGGCUCUCUCCCUUGGCAACACUGACUUACAUUCUUGGAAGCUUGAUUCCUCGUUGAAGCUCUCAUGCUGCAUAUACUCUGGACUCCAACUAGCUGUUUCUUUCUUUCUACAAGCUUGGUGUGUCUCGAGGAAAGGACCUCUCUUCUCUGCUCUCUUCAAUCCUCUAUCUACAGUCAUUGUCACUUUCUUCGGCGCUCUGUAUCUAAAAGAACAGACUUACUUGGGGAGCCUGCUGGGAGCUUUGGCUGUCAUACUCGGUCUCUACAUUGUUCUGUGGGGCAAAUCCGAAGACUAUCAAGAAGACAACACAGACCUGAAACUGCAAAACGAAGACACAAAUCUCUCCCAAUCUGACUUUGUUCCUGUUUUGAUUGGUGAUAAGGCCUUUCGUAGUUCGGAGCUCUUAGAGCCUCUUCUUUUGUAG